GCCCAUGGGUUUUCCCCAAUUGCUUCACCAAACCCCUAAUCUCUCUCUCACCAACCAUUUCCACUCACAUCCAUAUGUACAUAUAUCCCAUAUAUAUAUACUCUCCUUAAAUCGUUUCAAAUCAAAGAAACCCUUCAAACAUCUCUCUCCCUUUGAUGAUUUGAUCCCACAUCAAGACACCAAAAGAGAUGAUUUUGAAGCAAACCCACAAAACAAAAAUGUCUCGUUUCUACACAAAAACCAUCAUCUUCUGUUGCUUCGUUUUCACCCUCACCAAAUUCUACCCUUCCUCACCUCUCUCAACGUUACUCCUUUUCUCAUUGCCAGUUAUCGCAAUCUUUACCUUAAACACAUUAAAAAACUCGGACGGUAAAAACCUCCCUCCCGGUCCAUUCCCGCUUCCUGUCGUGGGGAACUGGUUACAGGUCGGGAACGAUCUCAACCACAGGUUCUUGGCCUCGUUGUCCGAGAAGUUCGGACCAGUGUUCCUCCUAAAACUCGGGUCCAAGAACUUAACCGUUGUAUCUGACCCACAACUAGCCACCCAGGUGCUUCACACACAAGGGGUUGAGUUCGGGUCCAGGCCACGGAAUGUAGUCUUCGAUAUAUUCACUGGUAAUGGCCAAGACAUGGUGUUCACUGUCUAUGGUGAGCACUGGAGGAAGAUGCGGAGGAUCAUGACCUUACCUUUCUUCACCAACAAGGUUGUGAACAACUAUAGCAAAAUGUGGGAAGAAGAGAUGGACUUGGUGGUGAAGGACUUAGCCGCAAACGAGGCUGUGAAGACAAGAGGGAUUGUAGUCAGGAGAAGACUACAACUGAUGUUGUAUAACAUCAUGUAUAGAAUGAUGUUCGAUGCCAAGUUCGAGUCCAUGGAGGAUCCUUUGUUCGUGGAAGCCACGAAAUUCAACUCCGAGAGGAGCCGAUUAGCACAGAGUUUCGAGUAUAACUAUGGAGAUUUCAUCCCUAUCCUUAGACCACUUCUCAGAGGGUACUUAAACAAGUGCAAAGACUUGCAGCAAAGGAGAUUGGCUUUCUUCAACAAUAACUAUGUCGAAAAAAGAAGGAGGAUCAUGGAAGCGAACUUGGAGACCCACAAGAUAAGUUGCGCCAUGGAUCAAAUCAUCGAAGCCAGGAUGAAAGGAGAGAUCUCGGAAGAGAACGUUCUAUACAUCGUAGAGAACAUCAAUGUUGCGGCAAUAGAGACAACCCUUUGGUCCAUAGAAUGGGCCAUAGCCGAACUCGUCAACCAUCCAUCUGUUCAAUCCAAAAUACGACAAGAGAUCAAAAAAGUUUUCGACGGAGACAAGACUCAAAUCACUGAACCAAACCUCGAGAAACUUCCAUACCUUAACGCUGUUGUCAAAGAAACGUUGAGGCUCCACACUCCGAUUCCUCUCUUGGUUCCUCACAUGAACCUUGAGGAAGCAAAACUCGGCGAGUUCACCAUCCCAAAGGAGUCUAAGGUGGUGGUGAAUGCAUGGUGGCUGGCCAACAACCCUAAAUGGUGGAAGAACCCAGAUGAGUUUAGGCCAGAGAGGUUCCUUGAGGAAGAAGGUAAUACUGAGGCUGUGGUUGGUGGUGGAAAGGUCGAUUUCAGGUUUCUGCCUUUCGGUGUAGGGAGAAGGAGCUGCCCGGGAAUCAUCUUGGCUCUACCGAUCUUAGCCCUCGUGAUCGCAAAACUGGUAACGAGUUUCGACAUGAAGACUGCACCAGGGGUCGCCAGGAUCGAUACCAGUGAGAAAGGAGGGCAGUUCAGCUUGCACAUUGCCCAGCAUUCCACGGUUGUUUUUGAACCCAUAAGCCAAGAGUGAUACAUUCAGGCAAUUCUUGCCUCUUAACUUUGUUCUACUUCAAAGAAUACACUUAGCUCCUGUUGUUUGUAACCUAAGUUAUAUCAUACCAUUUGUUUUCUGUGUUUCAGAAUAAAUCAAAUUUGUAAUUUCAUCCUCA